AUGGGAGUAACAAAAAAACCAGAUUUGAAUGAUCCUGUAUUAAGAGCUAAAUUGGCUAAGGGUAUGGGUCAUAAUUAUUACGGAGAACCCGCAUGGCCCAAUGAUCUUUUAUAUAUUUUUCCAGUAGUCAUUCUAGGUACUAUUGCAUGUAACGUGGGCUUAGCGGUUCUAGAACCAUCAAUGAUUGGUGAACCCGCAGAUCCAUUUGCAACUCCUUUGGAAAUAUUGCCGGAAUGGUAUUUCUUUCCCGUAUUUCAAAUACUUCGUACAGUGCCAAAUAAGUUAUUGGGUGUUCUUUUAAUGGUUUCCGUACCGGCGGGAUUAUUAACUGUACCUUUUUUGGAGAAUGUCAAUAAAUUCCAAAAUCCAUUUCGUCGUCCAGUAGCGACAACCGUCUUUUUGAUUGGUACCGCAGUAGCCCUUUGGUUGGGUAUUGGAGCAACAUUACCGAUUGAUAAAUCCCUAACUUUAGGUCUUUUUUAA